AUUUAUACAUCGCAUUGCGUAGGUUGCAUCGGGAGUGUGCUCUCAUAGGAUAGACCGUACGGAUACUCUCGCGUUACGGUACUCGGGUCGCAUGCUGCGAGGGCUACUUUGCUUCAUACCCAAAACCACCUCAUACCAUCUUCCAAAUCACACUCGCUUCGCCCUAGCUCAGUCGCUACCGCCACCAUCAAAAUGCAGACCUUCAUCGCCGCAACCAUCAUCGCCCUCAUCGCCUCCACCACCGCCGCUCCCACCCAAAACCUCGCUGCCCGUGCCCCCGGCGACGUAACUAUCUGCACCGGGGAGAACUACACCGGCGAAUGCACGACGCUUUCCGUUCCGUUCUACGACUGCUAUCACCUCGAGGCUCCCUACUUGAACAACGUUGGGAGCUUCAAGGUGGAUGCCGGAGCUUACUGCAGGAUUACUUAUACUGCUGAGAAUUGCACCAUGCAUGGUGAUGCGUUCAUCUGGCCGGAUACGAAUGCGCCCACGCUGCACCACUUUGAUGACCCUGCGACGCAGGAGAAUAUUGAUGCGGGGAGCACGAUGACGAGUUUCCUUUGCCAGGAGUGCACGAACUGUAAUGCUUAAGGCAUACAGUCACCGCACUUUUACUGAAGAUGAAGUGAGCAUGACGAGAGUGGAGAGGAAGAGUUGCGGAAAUGGGAGGAUAGAUUCUUGCCUUCAAAUUUGCAUUGAGGGGCGUCAUUCCUGUAGAGUUUUGCAUAGCGGUAAUAAAGGUUAUUCUAAGAACUCUCUUUAUAACUUACCCCCUUUAAAAUUUAAAGAAAAUCCUUUAAAGUUUCAAGAAGUUGAUUUUUCGGGCGGGAAAAAAAAAUCGAGAGGCUGCUAAGAUUUCUACCGAUUUAUGCACGCGAUAGAUCGGCCUUGUUAAUCUCUGUAGCACCAGCCCAGGCAGCGUGAUUAAGGACUCGGCCAUAGUACUACUUUAAGGGCUGAAAGCAGCGCAGGUCGAGAGGCUGAAGAAUAUAGGUUGUGCGAGGAUGGAGGGCAAAGAGCUGUAUAUAAUUGGCCUCCACGUACUUACAAAACUUCUUUGUGUUAUAA